AUGGGCAUAAUGGAGAAACUAGGGGUGACAGACCCCUUGGCAAACCUUCCCCACAGGCCGCAGUCCUACAACGACAAAUAUGUCGUCGUCUAUGAUUUCAGUGAAGUCGAUGCCGAGACCUCCGUCAAGGAACUCACGACGCUCUUGAGCGACCUCGAGUCGGCCGGACUCCAGACCGAGGUGCGCGCCGGCUACGACCAGACGCUGCUCGUCUUCGUCAAGGCCCCACGUGAGCUCCUCGGAAAUACCGUCUACAAGUCCAGGGUCAAGGAUUGGCUCUAUGGCAUCGUGCCCGAACACCCCGGCGGCUCAAAGACCACCAUCGUCGACGGCGCCUUCGAGGCCGAGGACAUCCUGUCUGUCUACCACCUCGUUAACUGGUCCAAGUCGCUGGGCGGCGCCGGGAUCACCCCGGAGGCCGGGCAAUGGAAGAAUGUCAAAGCCAUCUUCCCGCUGCACAACGAGGAGAGGAACCAGUCCCUGAUGAAGCACCUCAGCAAGCGCCUGUUCCUGACCCUGGACGACAUUGACUCGAUCCGAGACCUCUGGGGGACCAAGGUCGCCUUCUAUUUCGCCUUCAUCCAGACUUACCUGCUUUUCCUCACGUUCCCCGCCAUCACCGGCGUCAUCGCCUGGAUGUACCUCUCCAAGUACUCCCUCUUCUACGCUAUCUCGACCUGCGUGUGGUGCACCGUCUUCCUUGAGUACUGGAAGAUCCAGGAGGUCGACCUCAGCAUCCGCUGGAACGUUCAGGGCAUCGGCAAGGUCAAGGUCAACCGCCCGCAGUUCAAGUACGACCGCAUCGUCAAGGACGAGGCCGGCCGCGAGAAGCACUACUUCCCCAAGUGGAAGCAGAUCACGCGCCAGCUGCUCCAGAUCCCCUUCGUGCUGAUCUCGGCCCUCGCGCUCGGCGCCAUCAUCGUGCUCGUCUUCGCCAUCGAGGUGCUGAUAUCCGAGGGGUAUGACGGGCCGUACAAGAACGUCAUUGAAUACGUCCCGACGUGCUUGCUCGCCGUCGCCCUGCCCUACAUCAGCAGCGCCCUCGAGGACAUCGCCACGACGCUGACCAACUACGAGAACCACCGCACCGCCGACUACCACGAGAUGUCGCUGACGCAGAAGAUCUUCGUGCUCAACAUCAUCACCAACUACCUGCCCAUCCUCAUCACGGCCUUCGUCUACGUGCCCUUUGGCGACACCUUCGUCCCCUGGCUCGAGCGCAUGACCAAGGCCUUCCUCGGCGCGCUCGGCCAGAAGUACAUGGACGACGACCUCAGCUUCCACGUCGACGCCGACCGGCUCCGCGACGAGGUCAUCGCCCUCGUCGUCACGGGCCAGAUCUCGGGCUUCUUCGACGAGAACAUCAUGCCGGUGCUCAAGCACAAGGCCCAGGGCCUGUACCGCGAGUACCGCCGCUCGCACUCCAAGGACACCAUGCUCAUGUCCAUCGUCCAGGACGACCCGGAGGAGGCCCGGUUCCUGCGCAGCGCGCGCAACCAGGCGACGCUCGACAAGUACAACGUGCAGGACGACAUCGCCGAGAUCGUGCUGCAGUUCGGCUACCUCGCCCUCUUCUCGCCCGUCUGGCCGCUGAUCCCCAUCGGCUUCCUCGUCAACAACGUCGUCGAGCUGCGCACCGACUUCCUCAAGAUCUGCAUGGAGCACCAGCGGCCCGCCCCCGUCCGCACCGACGGCAUCGGCCCCUGGAUCAACUCGCUCGACUUCCUCACCUGGGUCGGCAGCCUCUCGACCGGCGCCAUCGUCCACCUCUUCGGCGCCAACAGCAUCGGCGGCGGCGCCUGGUGGGCGCUGCCCAUCACCAUCUUCAUCAGCGAGCACAUCUUCCUCGCCCUGCGCGCCCUGGUGCGCUUCUCCCUGCAGCGCGUCGGCUCCGAGCAGAUCCGCAAGCAGCGCCAGCAGCGCUACGCCACCCGCGUCAAGCACCUCGAGGAGAUCGAGGCCGACAAGCAGCAGGGCCUGAUGCUCUCCGUCGCCGAGCGCGAGCGGCGCAAGUCCAUCCGCGCCAUGGGCCACGAGUCGUUCUGGACGACGCAGAUCGACGAGGGCGCGAGCGCGGCGGCGGGCAUCGGCCUGAUCCAGUCGGUCAAGAGGGCCGAGGUGCUGAAGAAUGGCCAGCCGAAACUCGACUGA